ACUCAAACAAGAAUCAUUCAAUCAUUGUUUAUUUAUUUACAGCUUUAAACUGUUCGUUGUUACUUAUUACUUAACUUUAUACUUAAUAGUACCAAACACUUAACACUGUCUACGCACAUUUAUACAAAAUGGGAAAGGGUUUCAAUAACUACAUGUGUAAAAAGUUUUUUCAUCCAGCAUCAAGAGACAAUUUAAAACGAGUAUGGAUGGCAGAACAAAAAUCUGAUAAAGAUAAAAAACGUCAAGAAGAACUACGUUUACAGUAUGAAAAAGAACAAGAUCUUUAUAACAACAAAGCAUUGUUGUCGAAAGAAAGCAAGGAUAAGUUGAGUGUAAAUUUUAUGUAUGAACCACCACCAGGUGCUAAAAAAGAAAGGGAACGUGAAGAUAAUGAGCCGGAAUAUAAAUUUGAGUGGCAACGAAAAUUUAAUGCCCCCAGAGAAGAUUACUGCAGAGGGGAUGAAGAAAUUCGUGAUCAGCCCUUUGGUAUUCAAGUGAGGAAUGUGAGAUGCAUCAAAUGCCAUAAAUGGGGUCAUAUUAAUACAGACAAAGAAUGUUCGCUGUUUAACCAAGCCAGUAUAUCAGAAGCUGUAACCAGUAAUGCAGCAACAAAUGGUUCUAGUGCCAAUAAAAAAACACAAGAAUUAAUAAAACAAAUGCGAGAAGAUGGUUUAGAAUUGAAGAAAAGUGCUGCUUCUACCCAACAACAAAUAUCAUUUAAUAACAACGAGGAUAGCGAUACGGAGCUAUUUAUGUAUGUUAGAACAUUGAGUAGAAAGAAGAAAAUGAAAUUACUCAAACGUUUGGAUAGAAUGGACAAAAUUAUGAUGAAAGAACAAAGGUUGAUUUCAAAAAAAGAAAAACUUUCUAAGAAACAAAAAAAAAAUAAAAAAGAAAGUAGUGAUAGUUCAGAUUAGUUAAGUUAACAUUUUAUGAUUUUUUAUUUUUACCUAUUUACUGUGCAUAAAUUAUAAACAUAGUAUGCAUUAUAAUACUACAUUAAAGUACAUAAUUAUUCUAAAAUUGUAUAGUUCCUUUGUGUUCAAAAUAUUCUGAAUAUGCAACUAGUUUUUCAAUUCCAUCCUAACCUAACCAAGAGUGUCUUACCUCAAUGUCAUCUAGUAUUCUAGUUGCAUUCAUUUUUCAUAUUCUCCAAAAUUUUGUAAGACGACAGGAUAUUGUUAUAUUGUCAAUAAAUUCAGGAUUCUUCAAAAUACUGGUAUUAAUACUCACCAUUUGCUGUUCAGUACACCAAAAACAUAUUCUACAAUGGGUCUAUGUCUGGGUAGCGGGCAGAAAAUAAUUGAAAAUUCUGAGUCUCAUUAAGUUCUCGUUGGUAGUAUGGCCUCAACAGAUUUAAAUGAAGGGUAAGUGCCUCAUCAAUUACAAAAACGUAAGGUUAUGGCAAACGUUGAUAGUUAAGUAAACAUGUAGGAUCAGGAAUAUUAAGGUUUGAAUACAACUUUUUCUUUUGAGAUAUUAUAUCUUAUAUUUGUUUAAAAGAUAUGUUGUUAUUUUUAGGACAACUAGUACUAUAAGUAAAAGAAGAAAAAUGUAUGCAACGACUUUUUCUCUAAUUAUAGUUUUAUUGAUUAUGCUACAGAAUGUAAGCUAGCUGUAUGCCUUUAUAAAUCUGCAUAAGUUAUUAAUCAGUAAAAAUGUUAAUAUUACUCCAAAGUUAUAUUCCCAAUUAUAUGUUAUACAAUACUUAAAAAUCUCGAGUCAAACAAUAUUAAUGCCCAGACUUAAUCUCCAAAUCAACAUUAGAUUAUUUCUUAUAAUUCUCUUGCAACGCAUUACUAUCUGCCUUCUGUAUUCACACAAAUAUUGUAUCUUUUUUCAUAAAAGUUGCCUAAUAAUUCAGUUAGGAUUUUCAACUAAAAUAGUUAUAAACAGUCAUUAAUUUUUUGUAAUACAUGUCCUAAUGGCAGUAAUUCUCCUUAUACAAAUAACUAGAAAUGUAACUGUAAUUGUAGAAAUGUACUUUUAAGUAUACCAUCUACACAAUA